AUGGAACUGGCCCACAAUUCUCAUCUGAUGUUUCGCUCUUUGGGUAAAAAUUCGGACAGAGCAUCACUGAACAUUGACGUCACCAAACGGCAAGCUAAUGGACGCUUCUACAGCUGUGACACACUGGACUUUCCACCAAUGACACAUCUUCCAACUGCUGCCAUGGGCCUAAACUGGUGUGAACACACAGUAAUGGAGAAAGUGGAGAGGCUGAUCUCCCCCCGUCUGCAGCUCAAGGUGGACUGUUCCGAGGUGUAUCAGUACAACACUCAGGGCUGGAGGCUAGACGUGGACAGAAUGCGCCAUGAGCAUGGGGGAGAUGACGGUAUUGCGCUGUAUUACAAAAGACAGGGACCCAAAGCAUCCUGUUAUUUAUUCAAACCUCCGGAAAUUGAGACAGAGACAGUGAACAGGACAGUGAGGGAGUGUUGUGAAGGUUGGGGCGGACUGCAUUGCUCACAGGGUGUGGGUGCCAGGGGUCUGUGUUUUUCCACCUGGACAUGUGAGGAGUUUCCUGGGGUUCAUAACACAUCUCUCAUGUCACUGGAGCAGUGCUGCAGUAAUCUUUGGGGUUUGAGCUGGAGAAAUGCAUCUGAUCAGACCUGCAUCUCCUGCACAUACACACUCCUGCAAGACGUCAGUUUCUCUCCUCUCAUUCGUGGUGGGCUACUACGAGGCAUUCGGGACUCCCAGGCGUCGGCCACCUGUAUGAGCUGGGGCGGGGCGCACUACCGCACCUUUGACAGGAAACACUUCCACUUCCAAGGCAGCUGUACAUAUAUACUGGCAUCAUCCACUGACGGGACGUGGACUGUGUAUAUGAGUUCAGUAUGUGCUACUACUGGACACUGCAGUAAGGCUCUGCGGAUGAUGUUGGGACUUGGUUUGGUCUCCAUUCAUAAAGGCAACAUGACAGUUAACGGUUUAGUGCUGCCGCAAGGUGAACCACUCUUCCAAAAUGGAGUGAGCGUUCACUGGCUGGGUGAUUUCGUGUUUGUGGAGAGCGGUUUGGGUGUCAGAGUAAAAUUCGACAUGGACAACACCAUCUACCUGACCGUUACCGCUGAACACCUGGCUACCACUAGGGGGCUCUGCGGAGUAUAUAACAACAACCCAGACGAUGACUUUACUACCAGCAGUGGAAGUGUGUCUCAGUACGCCGCCAGCUUUGGAAACUCAUGGCGUGUUCAAGAUCACCAGAGCCAGGUCUGUAGUGAUGCGGCUGAGUUGGGUCACAGCUGUGAUAUCUCCAAUGACGUCUCUCUACGUCGUAACGCAGAAGCAGCAUGUCAUCGCCUUAAAGAGAAUCCGUUCUCACACUGUCAUCGCCAGGUGGAUCCUGGUCCAUAUAUAGACACAUGUCUUUAUCUGUACUGCAGUCUGGAUGUGAACGAGAGAGACACAGCGGUGUGUGACACAUUAGCUAGCUAUGUGCGCGAGUGCGCGCAGCGACACAUCGUCAUCAGCUGGAGGGGGGCGGGGCUUUGUGAGCGUGUUUGUCCAAGCGGUCAGGUGUUUUCCGACUGCAUCUCGUCCUGCCCACCCUCCUGCUCGUCUCCUCUUCCUCCAGCAUCGAGUCAGUGUAGAGAGGAGUGUGUCGGGGGGUGCGAGUGUCCUCCGGGUCUCUACCUGCACGCUGGUCAGUGCCUGAGACGAGACGACUGUCCCUGCUUCCACAGACGCCACAUCUACAGUGCAGGAGACACCAUCAAACAAAGGUGUAACACCUGUGUGUGUCGAGCAGGUCAGUGGGAAUGUUCUGGAGAGAAAUGUGAAGCUCAGUGCGCUGUGAUUGGUGGAAUGCACAUCACCACCUUUGAUCAGAAACGAUACGGCCUGCAGGGCGACGACUGUCAGUUCACAGCAGUGGAGGAUUUUGUGGAUAAGAAGCUCUCUGUGUCCAUCAGUGUGGGUCAGUGUGCAGGAUCUACUGGCUGUCUGAGAGAACUGACUGUCACUGCACUCCAUACGACAGUUACAGUUACAGAUGCAGGUUCAGUGAUCAUGAACGGUCAGAGGGAGCCGUUCCCGGUGGUAACAGGAGAUCUGAUGGUCAGAAAAGCCUCUUCUAGUUUUCUGCUGGUCCAGAUGUUUGGUGCUCAGCUGAUGUGGUAUCUGGAUGGUCCUCUGCUCUUAAUCACCCUGCAGCCAGGGUUUGCUCAUAAGGUUCGAGGGCUGUGUGGCACUCUGACCUGGAAUCAGCACGAUGAUUUCACCACACCUGAGGGUGACGUGGAGAACAGCGUGCCCUCUUUUGCUGCCAAAUUCAGCACGGGGUCAUGCCCUCUGCCCUCAGCGGUGACCUUUGACCCCUGCGGGACAUACACCCAGCGGAGACAGUAUGCAGAGAGCGUGUGUUCUGUAAUUCACAGCGCAGUGUUUCAGGCGUGUCAUGAUGUGGUGGACAGAGAGCCAUACAUGCGUUUGUGUCUCAGUGAAGUGUGCAACUGUGGCUCGCAGAAGUCUUGUCAGUGUACUGUCCUCACUGCCUAUGCCCGCCACUGUGCCCAAGAGGGGGCGCCGGUCAGCUGGAGAAAUCGCACAUUCUGCCCGGUACAGUGUUCAGGCGGUCAGGUGUAUCAGGAAUGUGGUCGUCCAUGUGGAGCUGCCUGUGCUGAUCUGUGGAGGGGCUGGGGCUGUGAGCAGGACGAGGGCAGCAGAGACUGUGUGCCGGGAUGUCAGUGCCCGGAUGGGUUGGCACAGGACAGUGAGGGUCAGUGUGUGCCCAUCGACUUGUGCCCCUGUGUGCACUCAGACAAACUCCACCCUGCAGGAAGUACCAUAAAGAAGAACUGCAACAGCUGUGUAUGUUCUCGUGGCUUGUGGAACUGCACAGAUGUGUCGUGUCCUGAUGUCCGUCAGUGUCCAGGCUCUCUCAUCUUCUCUCCUCGCUCGUGUCUGAGGACGUGCUCAAGUCCAAACUCUCCCCUGGAUCACUGCACUGAACCCAUACAUGGCUGUGUCUGUCCUGAUGGGACUGUACUGCUGGGCGAUCAGUGUGUAAAGCCGGAUGAGUGUCCAUGCCACCACAAUGGCAAACUUUAUUUCACCAAUGACACAAUUUCCAAAGACUGCAACUCAUGUGUUUGCAGAGAGCAGCGUUGGCACUGCGAUCAGUCGUUAUGUGCUGGCAUCUGUGUGGCUACAGGUGACCCUCACUACAUCACCUUUGACGGGCGAUACUUCUCUUUCCUGGGUGACUGUGAGUAUGUGCUGGCGCAGGAGACAAGCGGACUGUUCAGUGUGGGCGCUGAGAAUGUUCCCUGCGGGAGUACAGGGGUCACCUGCACAAAAUCUGUCACUCUGACUGUGGGCAACACGGCGAUACACCUGCUCAGAGGUAAAUCUGUGAUGGUCAACGGGAUUCCAGUCACUCUUCCGAAGUCAUACUCAGGCAGUGGACUGAUUCUGGAGCGGGUCGGGUUAUUUGUGUCCCUCUCUUCUCGACUUGGGGUCACUCUGCUCUGGGACGGAGGUAUGCGUGUUUACGUGCGAUUGAUGCCUCAUUUGCGUGGCCGAGUGGGAGGAUUGUGUGGGAAUUUUGAUGGAGAUGCAGAGAAUGACUUCACCACGAGACAAGGCAUCAUGGAAUCAACUCCAGAACUGUUUGGAAACUCCUGGAAGCUCAGUCCGUCCUGUCCUGAUGUCACAGACCAGGACCUCCGCGACCCUUGCGUCAUCAACCGUCACCGAGUGACAUGGGCGAAGAAGAAAUGUGCCGUGAUCGGUCAGGAGCUCUUCAGUUUGUGUCAUUCUGAGGUGCCGUACCAACAGUACUACGACUGGUGUGUCUUUGAUGCCUGCGGGUGUGACACAGGUGGCGACUGUGAGUGUUUGUGUACAGCGAUCGCUGCGUAUGCCGAAGAGUGUAACCGCAAAGGAGUGUAUGUACACUGGAGGACUCAAGAACUGUGCCCACUGCAGUGUGAGAAUGGAUUAGUUUACGAGGCCUGCGGUCCUGCCUGUUCUCCUGCGUGUUCCAGCACUCCCUCCAGCUCUGACCAUCUUUGUAGCACUCUGUCUUGUGUGGAGGGAUGCUUCUGUCCACACGGCACCGUACGACACGGUAGCAUCUGUAUCCCUGUGUCUCAGUGUCCAUGUGAGUGGGACGGAUCUAUAUUCCCUGCAGGAGCAACUGUCACUCAACACUGUCAGAACUGUUCUUGUUCUGAAGGUACGUGGCGUUGUGUUGGCUCUCCAUGUCCUCCUCCAUCACCCUGUUUGGACUCAGAGUUCCGGUGUUCGGGCGGCUCUCAGCGGUGUAUUCCUGCUGUCUGGGUCUGUGAUAAUGAGGAUGACUGCAGUGAUGGUUCUGACGAGCGCUGUCCGUCCACCUGUGCUCCGGGUCAGUUCCGUUGCUCCAGUGGCGCCUGCUUACCGCUCGAGCUCCAGUGUAAUGGACACCCUGAUUGCGCCGACCAAUCAGAUGAGGACUUUUGUGCCCCAUCCACACCUGAACCUGGCUGUCCCGCUGGAGAGUUCAGGUGUUCUAACGGACGCUGUCUAGCUGCCAGUAAAGUCUGUGACAACAGGCUGGAUUGUGGAUUUGCAGAUGAUUCUGAUGAGCAUGAUUGUGGCGUAGUGUGCAGACAGGAUGAGUUCCGCUGUGCGUUGGGUCGCUGCGUGCUGUACCUCCACCGCUGUGAUGGUCACGAUGACUGUGGUGAUUUCAGCGAUGAGAGAGGGUGUGUGUGCGCUCUUGGAGAGUUCCAGUGUCCCAGCGAUCAGUGUGUUCCAGCAGAAAGAGUGUGUGAUGGCCACAGAGACUGUCCGACUGGCAUCGAUGAGGUCAUCUGUCCUGUUAAAGGGUGCAGUCAGUUUGAGUUUGGCUGUACAAGCGGGCAGUGUGUGCCACUAGCGUGGCAUUGUGACGGCGAGACGGACUGUCUGGACGGGAGCGAUGAGAAACAGUGUUCUCGCAUCUGUCAGCCGGACCAGUUCCUCUGUCAGACUGGAGACCAGUGUAUUCAACACCAACAACUGUGUGACGGGAUGGCACACUGCAGAGACGCUUCAGAUGAGAGCGUUGACAACUGCGGUUCCACUCGGAUUCCUCCCUGUCCCGACAGUUUCUCAUGUGAUAACCGUACAUGUGUGAAUGUUUCACGUGUAUGUAAUGGGAUCGCAGAUUGCCCCAGAGGAGAAGACGAGAUAUUGUGUGAUAAGCUCAGUCCCUCCGUAGCGCCCCCUAGUGAUGGAAACACCAGUCGCGUUUGUCCAGAGUUCACCUGUGCUGACGGAUCAUGUGUUCCUUUCAAUGCGUUGUGUAAUGGCAUAGCAGAUUGUCCAGCUGCGGGCCCCUCAGAUGAGCAGGACUGUGGGGUCUGGGGCCCCUGGAGUCCCUGGAGUCCCUGCAGUCGUAGCUGUGGAUCCGGAACCAUAAGCCGACAGAGACGCUGCACCCUGGAGGAGACUGAUGGACACUGCAGGGGAGAAGACACACAGAGACAGCAGUGCUACUCUACUGCGUGUCCGGUUGAUGGUUACUGGUUGCCGUGGGUGACGUGGUCAAACUGCAGUAAAGAUUGUGGCGGUGUUGAAGUUCGUCAGAGAGAGUGUGUGCCACCUCAGAACGGAGGCAGAACCUGCGCAGAACUACCCGGAGAAACCAACCUGACCACUGACAUCAAACCCUGUCCUCAGGAUGACUGUGUUAAUGUCUCGUGUCCCGCGGGUCUCGUCAGACACAGCUGUGCGCCGUGCCCUUUGACCUGCGCUCACAUAUCCGGAGCAACGACAUGUGACCGGAACGCAAAGUGUUUCACGGGCUGCUGGUGUGCUGAUGGUCUGGUGAUGAAUCAUGAGAAUAAGUGUGUUCUGCCGGACGAGUGUGUGUGUGAGGUGUCAGGCGUACGGUACUGGCCCGGUCAACAGGUGAAAGUGGGCUGUGAGAUCUGUGUGUGUGAGAGAGGCAGAGCACAACGCUGUCAGCCCAACCCAGAAUGCUCCGUGCACUGUGGCUGGUCGUCCUGGUCUUCAUGGGGAGAGUGUUUGGGUCCGUGUGGAGUUCAAAGUGUUCAGUGGUCUUUCCGCAGCCCAAAUAACCCGUUAAAACACGGCAACGGCCGACAGUGCCGCGGAAUUUACCGCAAGGCCAGACGCUGUCAGACAGAGCCAUGCAGAGUGUGUGUAUAUCAGUCACACACACAUGCAGUGGGCGAACGCUGGAAGGGGGGUCCGUGCCAGCUGUGCCAGUGUUUGCCAAACCUCACAGUGCAGUGUGCUCCUUACUGCCCAUACUCUGCCACUGGAUGCCCGCAGGGUCAUACUCUGAUUCCAGGAACAGGAGAUAAGUGUUGCCGAUGUGAAGGUAAUGGUACCUCUAUCUUGGCAACUACACCGGUGACAAUAACCGUUGCACCCUCCACACCACCAGAGGGCCCUCUUGUGCCAACUUACCCUCUGCCAUCUGAAGAUGAGUGUUGGUCUCGUCUGGGCGUUCAGUCGCUCCCCUCCUCCAGUUUCAGCGCCUCGUCCCAUCAGCCUGGUCACCCUCCAUCAGCGGGACGCCUGCACGCACGAGACCUCCACAGCGACCUGCAGGGCUGGAGCCCAGAACCGGAGCAGUACAGAGAGCUCUCGCCUGGGACUCCUGAGGGACACAGAGACGUCACACAUGCCCCAUAUCUACAGAUAGACCUGCUCAGACCCUACAACAUCACAGGCGUGUUGACUCAGGGUGGAGGCAUGUUUGACACGUUUGUGUCGAGCUUCUAUCUGCAGUUCAGUAAUGAUGGCAAUCACUGGUACACAUACAAAGAGCUCAUCACAGACACCAGACCCAAAACCAAGGUGUUUCAGGGUAACAGUGAUGAUCAUGGUGUAGCUCUGACCCGUCUAGAUCGGAUGGUGUCGGCUCGGUUUGUGCGAGUUCUGCCUCAUGACUUUCAGAACGGAAUCUAUCUGAGAGUCGAGCUCAUGGGAUGCGCUCACGAGCAUGAGUGGUCCACACCCACUCCGCCACUGCGCCCCUGUAGAGAGCAGGAGUUCCGCUGCGGUAAUGGCCGCUGUGUUCCUACUGGCCCUCAGGGGGCGCUGUGUGACGGUAUCAAUGACUGCGGCGAUGGCACAGAUGAACUCAACUGUGGUACUUGGCCGACUCCUACCAAAAGCCCUGUUAGCUGUGCACCAGGUCAGUUCUCUUGCCCUCCUCCAGGGGGCUGUAUACAGGCAGAGCGCCGCUGUGAUGGAGUUCCUCACUGUCCGGAUGGAGCUGAUGAGAGAAACUGUACACACACAAACAUCACCCAUAUCACACCCACCGCCGCCCCGCUCAGGACAUCCAGCAAGAAGCCCGUUACCACACCCAAAGAAGGAGGACCUGGUCAGAAAGGUAUAUGCUCUUCUGCGCUGGGAUUGGAGGAUGGGCGUGUCCAUUAUGGUCAGCUGACCUCGUCCUCGUACAGGGAGAAUAAUCCUGCUGACGCUGGCCGUCUGAACGUCGUGCCCAAUGUUAUGAUCAUGGAGCCGGGGUGGAGCCCAUUGCCUGGAGACCCUCAUCCGUAUUUCCAGGUGGAUUUCCUGGAGCCCACGUGGAUAUCUGGUGUGGUGACGCAGGGCAGUGAACGCAUGUGGGGUUACCUCACCAAAUACACACUCGCUUUUGCUUUGGUGGAGAAUCAGUUCAUCAACUUCAGUGAGACUGCAGACACAGGGUCUGUUCCAAAGAUAUUUGACGUGAGGAUGUUCAGUCGGACGCCGGUCACGCGCUGGUUAAACCGGCUGGUCAGAGCUCGCUAUCUCCGGAUCAUUCCUGUAGAAUUCCGCCACACGUUUUACCUACGUGUCGAGGUCCUGGGCUGUAGAGGAGAUGAGUUGGUCACGCCCACUAGUCCAGCAGUGCCCACAGCACCCUCUGGUGUACCAGGCUUACAUAACCACACCGGACCAACAGGAAGUCCUGGUCACCAUGACUACACCACUGGAUCUCCAGGACUGCACACCAGAAGUCCUCAGGAUGGCAGCCCUGGUGUGGCUCCACCCACUCACAUCACAACAGCGCCACCUGGUGUCCAUCCAGGAGGUCCGACAGGAGAACCAGGCGUGCAUAUACUGACCACUCCCAGAACUGAAGGUGUGGUCACCACUGGACAGCCGGGGCUGAUGUCACCUACACCCUAUACCAACACAACAGGACUGUGGGACACGACACCUGAUGAUGGUUUACCCAGAAUACUGUGCGUGGAAGGACAGUUUACCUGCAGGACAUUCGGUUGUGUUGAAGCAGCGUUUGUGUGUGACGGCCGCGAGGACUGUCCUGACGGCUCGGAUGAGGAUCACUGCAGGUGUGCAAAAACCACAAGGCCCAUCACACCCACCGGACGUCCCCUGCUGCCCGACUCCUGCUCUGCCAAACAGUUCAGCUGCUGGAGUGGCGAGUGUGUGAGUUUGAGUAAGAGGUGUGAUCUCCGCAGAGACUGUGCUGACGGAUCUGAUGAGAACGACUGCUUUGACUGUAUUCUGUCAGCAUGGAGUUCGUGGAGUCAGUGCAGUGCAUCGUGUGGAUUGGGCUCUCUGUUUCGCCAGAGGAAUAUUCUGAGAGAUGCCCGGCCCGGUGGUUCCUGCGGCGGGGCUCAGUUUGACAGUCGGGCGUGUUUCCUGCAGGCGUGUCCAGUGGACGGUCAGUGGUCGGAGUGGAGUGCGUGGUCGGUUUGUGACGUCUCGUGCGGUGGCGGACUGAAGGUGAGGAACAGAACCUGCUCAAACCCGCCACCAAAAAACGCUGGUAGAGACUGUGAGGGUUUGACACGACAAAUACACACCUGUAACCCACAUUCCUGCGGACCGCAUACAGACACACAGACAGGCUGCACUGGAGGCAUGAUAUUAGUGAAGGAGUCCGACUGUUUGGCUGGAAAAAUGGAUCCAUGUCCCGUGACCUGCUCUGACCUUUACUCUGAGAGAAACUGUACCUUAAACUGCACUACAGGAUGUCGUUGUCCUCCUGGUCUCUUCCUGCAAGCUGGCCGUUGUGUCAGUGCCAGUAAAUGUGAGUGUUUAUGGGACGAUUCAAUCCUGCAGCCCGGAGAGGAAGUCAACAACAACAGCUGCAGCACAUGCGUGUGUAAAAAUGGGCGUGUAACAUGUGAUGAAUCCAGCUGUGUCGCUCACUGUUAUUGGUCAGCCUGGUCUUCAUGGACAUCAUGUGACAGCAGCUGUGGGACUGGAAUACAACACCGCUACAGGUCUCCUCUGAGCCCAAUGGGCAUGUCGGGAGUCGAACCAUGUGAGGGCGACUCUACGGAAGCCCGGCGGUGCUACACGCCCUGUUCAGAGAUUCCUGAGGGUGUCGAGUGGAAUGUGUGGACGGAGUGGUCAGAGUGCAGUAAGACAUGUUUUCUUCAUGUGGACGCUGUCGGACUGAGACGACGCUUCAGGAGCUGUAAUCAAACAGACAGCAGCGCCCCCUGUGGUGGAGACAUGGAAGAACAGGAACCGUGCAACACAUUCCACUGCCCAGUUAACGGGGGCUGGUCGUCCUGGUCGAGCUGGUCUGAUUGUUCAUCUGACUGUGACUCUGGCGUUCAGACGAGAGAGCGUUUCUGCAGCUCUCCUCCACCGCUGUAUGGAGGGCUCAGCUGUCCCGGGCCUCAUAUACAGACGCGAGACUGUAACGUCCAGCCCUGCUCAGGUGUGUGUCCAGAGGGCAUGAGCUUCCUGUCUAAUCAGCAGUGUCGGGCUCAGGGUGGCGCAUGCCCGCGUGUGUGUCUAGAUGCCAUGGCAGAUGUUGAGUGUGCUACAGAGUGUUACGAUGGCUGUUACUGUUCACCUGGUCAUUAUCUCUUCAAUAACACAUGUGUGCCUCUGGACCGCUGCCCAUGUUACCAUAAGGGGGCGCUGUAUAUGCAGGGAGACAGUGUGCCCUACGACCUCUGUAACAACUGCACUUGUAUUAACGGAGAGAUGACGUGUGGAACAGCGCCCUGCCCUGUGGAUUGUGGGUGGAGUGAAUGGACGGCCUGGAGCGCGUGCAGUAGGACAUGUGAUGUGGGCAUCAGGCGGCGCUAUCGCUCAGGAACCAAUCCAGCGGCAGCUUUUGGUGGCCGCGCCUGUGAGGGCGACCGCCUUGAACUGGACACAUGUAGCAUUAAACCCUGUUUCGGAAUGAAGGAGCCGUGGAGUCAGUGGUCCAAGUGUUCAGUUCCCUGUGGAGGUGGAUACAGGAACAGAACCAGAGGACCAGUCAGACUACACGGAACCCCACAGCAGUUCAGCGCCUGUAACCUGCAGCCCUGCGGAAAUGGAAGCUCUUGUUCAAAUGGUCAGGAGUGGAGCACGUGUGUGAGAGACGAGCUGUUGUGUUCUGAUUUGGGGAUUGAUUCCCAGAGAGAUGCCAACUGCCACCCUGGGUGCCAAUGCCCUGAGGGGUCAGCCCUACAGGAUGGCGAGUGUGCACCUCUGCCGCACUGCCGCUGUCACGUAGAUGGCGAACAACACAAACCCGGAACCACCGUCACCAAAGACUGCAACAACUGUACAUGUGAAUCGGGGAAACUCGUCAACUGCACGAGUGUCGAAUGCAACGUGGAUGGUGGCUGGUCAUCGUGGACACCGUGGAGUGUUUGCUCUGUGUCGUGCGAUGCUGGUCUGCAGUCUCGCUAUCGGUUCUGUUCAAACCCGGAGCGGUCAGGGAAUGGACUCCCAUGUCUCGGGCCCGAUCGAGAGGACAGAGUCUGUGCUUCAACGUCAUGUAGCAGGGAUGGAGGCUGGAGUGAAUGGACUUCCUGGACAGACUGUACCAAGUCAUGUGGCGGGGGUGUUCAGAGCCGCAGGAGGGAGUGUGAUCGGCCUGUUAAAGGGGGAGAUGGAGAUUACUGUGAAGGACUGGCAACUGAACUCAUCGCCUGUAACACGCACCACUGUCCAGUGUCUCCGUGUUCACAUGUUCCGGGAAGCGUGUUUAGUGCCUGUGGACCUUCAUGUCCAAGAUCAUGUGAUGACCUGACUCAUUGUGAGUGGCGCUGUGAGCCGGGCUGUUACUGCACUGAUGGUAAAGUUCUGAGUUCAAAAGGGUCAGAAUGUGUGGAGAGAGAGACCUGUCCAUGUCUGGACCUCAACACGGGACUGCGGAUCAAACACGGAGAGAUCGUACCCGCCCCAGAUGGCUGCAAUAACUGCACGUGUGAGGCAGGAAAACUGAGCUGCAAUGAAAAGCCGUGUCCAGUGGAUGGCGGCUGGUGUGAGUGGUCUCAUUGGACUCCAUGUUCUAAGACCUGUGGUGCGGAGUCAGUGUCUCGGUACCGCAGCUGUGCCUGUCCUGAACCCAGAUCAGGAGGAGCGGCCUGCCAAGACCAGCAGGAGACACACGGCGGUCUGGGAGUACAGAUCCAGAGACAACCAUGUUCAUCUGUCACCUUCUGUCCUGUUCACGGCUCAUGGAGCUCCUGGAGUUCGUGGUCUGAGUGUGACAUCUGUGCGGGUGUGUCAGUCAGACACAGACAGUGUAACAGUCCUCCUGCGCGGUUUGGCGGUCUGCCCUGCCACGGAGAGAGUCGACAGAGCCGCGGCUGCCAUGACAACAUCACUGACUGUACAGACUGUGGUGGCGGUCAAGAGGAGUGGCCUUGCGGUAAGCCCUGUCCUCGCUCCUGCUCUGACCUCCAUGGAGACACCGAGUGUGUGGACACGCCAGCGUGUAGCCCGACCUGCGGUUGUCCUGGAGACAUGCUGCUGCAGGACGGAGUGUGUGUGGAGAGGGAAAUGUGUCGCUGUAAAUUCCACAACAGCAGCACAGCUGGACUAGAAACUGGCAAUGUUUCCUGGGCGUGGCCCAGUGCAUCACACUGGCAACAUGCAAAUCCAGGAGAGGCCAUUGUCACAGACUGUCAUAACUGCACCUGUGAAGCUGGUGUCCUGCAGUGUGACUCUGUUCCUGGUUGCUAUGUUGAUGGUGGGUGGGGCCAAUGGGCUCCCUGGUCAGAGUGCUCCACCCCAUGUGGAGGUGGGGUUAAAAUGCGGACACGUCAGUGUGAUAACCCCGCCCCUCAGGGUGGCGGCAGAACGUGCACGGGCUCCGGCGAACAGCACAAAGUGUGUAACACUCACAACUGCACAGAUUCUGGUCCGUGGUUCGACUGGUCAGCAUGGUCUGUGUGCUCCGUCAGCUGCGGUGGAGGGUCUCAAAGCCGCAGUCGCACCUGUCGAAUGCCACCCUGCUCGGGCAUGAAACGACAGAGCAAGACCUGUAACACACAGGUGUGCCUGGAUGUGGGCUGUCCUCCCGGGCGUCUCUACAGAGAGUGUGACGGGGGUGACGGGUGUCCAUUCAACUGUGCGCAGGUCAGAGGUCAUGAGGGCUGCUAUUCAGAGGGAUGUGAAGAGGGCUGUCACUGUCCCCACAACACCUACCAGCACAACGGCACCUGCGUUCAUCAAUGUCCAUGUCUGGUGGACGGUGAGUUCCUGGCCUCUUUGCAAAGCGUGUCAGCGACCCCUAAUCUGACCCCUGACCUCCAGAAUAUCACACUCGGAGCGGAGCUGAUGUCUGGAGAGGAACUCAUGCAUGAAUGCAGCUCGUGCUCCUGUGAGCACGGCUUGUGGAACUGUUCUCUGGCUCCAUGUCCCCGUGAUGGGGGUCUGUCUCCUUGGGGCCCCUGGGGCUCCUGCUCAUUCAGCUGUGGAGGUCUCGGCCAGAAGAGCCGCAGCAGAAGCUGUAAUCAGCCCAGUCCUGCUCACGGGGGCCGAGACUGUCAGGGGCCCCUGCUGGACACCGCCUUCUGCCAGACCCCGGACUGCCCAGUGGUAAAUAUACCGACCGAGGAACCAGCUGUGCCAGAUGAUGAUGUGGGGUUCUCUCAGUGGACGGUGUGGUCUCUCUGCUCUAGAACCUGCAGUGAUUCGGGUUCUCCAGCUCUGAAGUUCCGUACGAGAGAGUGUGUCCGUGAGCGCUGCUCUGGAGAGAGCCGACAGGAGAGAGUGUGUAAUCUGCCACAGUGUCCCGAUGGCGGCUUGUGUCAGGACCCUGAAUGUGCCGAUAGGAACUGCUCCUGGAUGAGGUGGGGCGAGUGGAGUCCUUGCUCUCGCUCCUGUGGGGUCGGUCAACAGCAGCGCGUCCGGACCUUUCUUGCUCCGGGUGUCAAUGGGACCUGGUGUCAGGACAUCCUGGGGGGCAACGUGGAAAAUCGCUUCUGUAAUAUUCAAGCAUGCCGGGUGGAUGGAGGCUGGUCUCGCUGGAGCCCGUGGUCUCACUGUGAUAAAUCCUGUGGGGGUGGACGCUCCAUCAGAACCCGGUCCUGUUCUAGUCCUCCACCCAAGAAUGGAGGCCGCAAGUGUACCGGAGAAAAGAAUCAGGUCAAACCGUGCAACACCAAACCAUGCGGUGAUCAUGGGUGCCCACCAGGGCUGGAGUUUGUGUCUUGUGCCAAUGAGUGCCCACAGCACUGCUCUGACCUACAGCAGGGCAUUCAGUGCCAACGCAACACAGAAUGCCAACCGGGCUGCCGCUGCCCACAUGGUCAGUUACAGCAGGAAGGUGUGUGUGUUCAGUUGUGGCAGUGUGACUGUCUGGAUGCUCUGGGUCAGAGUUGGGCCGCUGGCAGCAUGCACCAGGUCGACUGCAACAACUGCAGCUGCACAGAUGGUGCGCUCACCUGCACCAAUCACACCUGUGCAACUGACAGCACCUGCAGCUGGAGCACCUGGUCCACCUGGGCUGCCUGCAGCAGCACCUGUGGGCCAGGACGAAGAACACGAUUCAGAUCACUGGUUCCAGAAAGUUCUGGUGCUAACUGCCAAUUUGAGGAAGUCCAGCACAAACCCUGUGACCCAGGAACAUGUCCCCCGCUGUGUGUCCACGACAAACAGGAGCUCUCCAUCGGAGACACGUGGUUAGAAGGGGAGUGUAAGCAAUGUACCUGCAUCCCUGAAGGAGAUUACUGCCAAGAUAUAGACUGUCGAGUGGACGGUGGAUGGACGCCGUGGUCUGUGUGGUCUGAUUGUUCCGUGUCGUGCGGGAAGGGCAAACAGAUUCGAACCCGAGCCUGUAUCAACCCUCCACCGCGAAACAACGGCACAGACUGCACAGGACCUGAGAGAGACACCCAGGACUGUCACACUGCACUUUGUCUUGAUGAUCUGUGUCCCUGGUCACGGUGGUCGUCAUGUUCUCGUAGCUGUGGUGCUGGCGUGAGCUCCAGACGUCGACAGUGUGUAUGUGAGGAAGAGGGAGAUCACACGUGUCCUCCAGAGAACGAGAGAGACGCGGAGGAGACACAGUUGUGCUAUAAGAGACCCUGUCCGGCCUGUCCGAUGUCUCAAUGGAGUGAGUGGAGUGUGUGUUCAUGUGUCUCUCAGUAUCAGCAGCGGUAUCGUUCACCGCUCGUGUCUAUCAUGAGAGGGCAGCACUGCACUGAAAUUGAGAAGCAGAAUCGACCCUGCAAACCCGAAAACUGCCAAGACUGCGAGAAGCCCUUUGAAUACAAUGAAUGUGGCUCUCCAUGUGAGAAACACUGCGAUCUGAUUGGUCAAACUGACACCUGUGUGGUCCGCCACAACUGCACACCUGGCUGCUUCUGUCCUGAGGGUCUCUUGCAGCAGAACGGAUCAUGUGUGCGUCCGGCUCAGUGUGGAUGUGUCCAUCUCCUUCAUGAGUGGUCAGACAAACCUGUACCGGUCACUGUCCCGCAGGGGGCGCUGGUGACCACGGGCUGCAGAACAUGUCUUUGCCAUGAUGGCUCUCUGCAGUGUGAUUUACAAGAAUGUGAAGUGGUGGUCAGCGAGUGGUCAGAGUGGACAUCCUGCUCUCCGUGUAUCCCGUCAUCCUCGUCUCUCUCCAAUGGGAAUGCUUCAGGACUUGUGUCCGUACAGCGGCGUUUCCGGGCGUGUUUGGAUGUGGACUCCGGGCUGCCAAUCAGCGGGCGAGAGGGCGAGUGUUCUGAAGAGCUGGAGGAAGAGAGGAUCUGCCCGCAGCCUGACAUCUGCACCGAUCUGUGUCACUGGAGCACAUGGGGUGUUUGGAGUGUCUGUAAAGACCCAUGCAGUGGAGGAUACCGCCAGCGUGAGCGACGACCUCUGACCUCUGAUCCUGGACCCCACUGCAGGAAUCUGCAGACACAGUCUCAGAGCUGCAACACUGGCCUGUGUCCUGGUGAGCAUUGUGAGGACAGGGGGCGGGUCUAUGAUGACUCGUGUGCCAAUCAGUGUCCCCGCAGCUGUGCAGACCUCUGGGAGCAUGUGCAGUGUCUACAGAGCACCUGUCAUCCAGGGUGUCGUUGUCCGCACGGCCAGCUGUUACAGGAUGGAGUGUGUGUGGGAGUGAGUGAAUGUCGCUGUGGAGUUCCAGUGGAGAACGGAACGCUGGAGAUCAAACCUGGAGAGAACAUCACUGUCAGCUGCAACACCUGUGUGUGUGUGAACGGAUCUCUGGAGUGUACGGACCGGGCGUGUCCUGUCUACGGUCCAUGGGGAUCGUGGAGUGAGUGUUCGGUGUCGUGUGGGACGGGUCAAAGGAUGCGCAGUCGACCGUGCACACAAACAACAGGAGGACCGACCUGUGUCGAUACGGUCCAGAAACAAAUCUGCUCUCUGUCAUCCUGUCCAGCUGGUUGUGUUUUGAGUGAGUGGUCAUCUUGGAGUGACUGCAGCGCCUCCUGUGGUGGAGGAGUGUCACUGCGCAGGAAGACGGUCCUACAGGAGCCAGAGCCUGGGGGCCCGACCUGCCCUGGACCCCUCGAACAACACACCGCGUGCAAUACUAACAGCUGCCUGCCCGAUUGUCCUCCUGGUCAGGUGUUCAGUACCUGUGCAGGUUCGUGUCCGUACAGUUGUGAGGAUUUGUGGCCUGAAAAUCAGUGUGUGCCGGUGACCUGCAGUCCUGGAUGUAGCUGCCCGUCUGAUGCUGUUCUGCUCAACGGAACCUGUGUUUCCCAGUCCGAAUGUCCCUGUUCCGCUCUUUUGCUCCUGCUGGCGUCCCCCAACAUCACCGUAGACCUCCCGGAAAAGGAAGUUCCCCCUGGAACUGUCAUACCACACUUGUGCAACUUGUGUGUUUGUGAAGGUGGACUCUUUACCUGCACUAAUGAGUCAUGCGAUGUGGACUGUGAGUGGAGUAGCUGGUCUGCGUGGAGCUCGUGCUCGGCAUCGUGUGGAUCUGGUCAGCAGUUCUCGAGUCGGACAGUUCAGCGUCAGCAUCAGUACAGAGGGCAGGAGUGUGACGGGCCUUCACACAGAAACAGAGUCUGCCGGGGCCCAGACUGUGAGUGUCGAGAGGGUGAGCGUUGGUUCUGGAGUGUGUCGGGAUCACAGCAUGUUUGUGAGCGCGGGUGUAUGGACUUAUACACCCCUGAACCGCUCAACUGCACGGGAUCCGGGGCCACGGAGGGGUGUGUCUGUGAUGAGGGACGAUACAGAGACCUGCAGGGCCAGUGUGUGAUUCCAGCUCUCUGUCAGUGUGAAGACGAGGACGGGACGAUUCGAGAGGCGGGAUCUGAGUGGGUGGACGGUUGUCAGUCUUGUCGUUGUGUCAAUGGCCAGAAACUCUGUCAAUCAAACUGUCCUCCACUUCAUUGUUCUGAGGGUGAAGUGAAGGUUCUGGAAGCAGCCGACUGUUGCCCUGUGUGCCGGAGACAGUAUCCAGAGGAUCCCUUUGCCGAGUGCCAUCAUUACACUGAGGUCAGAAACAUCACCAAAGGUGACUGUCGCCUCGACAACGUGGAGGUCAGCUUCUGCAGAGGGCGCUGUUUAUCCAGAACUGAUGUCAUUCUUGAGGAGCCUUACCUGCAGGCGUUUUGCGACUGUUGCAGUUACAGGCUUGACCCGCAUAAUCCCGUACGCUUCCUCAGCCUGCAGUGUGCCAGCGGAGACAUCGAGCCUGUCGUUCUGCCUGUCAUUCACAGCUGUGAAUGUACCAGCUGCCAGGGGGGAGACCUGUCGAGACGCUGAAUGGCCACUGAUGAAUGGACCGAGCGUUUGGAGAGAAAAUGCGUCGUCAUCUUGUUCGUUCAGUGUUCUUUAUGUAGCUUGUCAUUAUAUGACUGAAUCUUUUCUAUUUUAUAUUUUCUAAAGCUCUACGAGAUCUGUACAGCCUUUAAAUUAUGUUAUGAUUUAUUACUUUUCCCAGUCUUUAUUAUUUUGUAAACCCUGUUGUAUUUUAAUGGAAUAUUCUUUAUUUUACUAACUCUCUUGAUUAAACAAAUUCAUUAGUAUUGCCAAAGACUGUCUUCCUCCUUUUGUCAUGACAAAUAAUUGCUUUAAUCAAC